AUGGGGGAACCAAUUCUCCACCAGCAUUUGACCGGGGCCCGGGUUCGAUCCUGGAUCCCAGACCUCCAGAGCUCCAGAGCUCCAGAGCUCCAGAGCUUCAGCUCCAAAGCUUCAGCUCCAAAGCUCCAGAGCUCCAAAGCUCCAAAGCUCCAAAGCUCCAAAGCUCCAAAGCUCCAAAGCUCCAAAGCUCCAAAGCUCCAGAGCUCCAGCUCCAAAGCUCCAGCUCCAGAGCUCCAGCUCCAGAGCUCCAGCUCCAGAGCUCCAGCUCCAGAGCUCCAGCUCCAGAGCUCCAGCUCCAGAGCUCCAGCUCCAGAGCUCCAGCUCCAGAGCUCCAGCUCCAGAGCUCCAGCUCCAGAGCUCCAGCUCCAGAGCUCCAGCUCCAGAGCUCCAGCUCCAGAGCUCCAGCUCCAGAGCUCCAGGGGAGAACUGAUUUUUUCCACCAAUUCUCUCUUCCUUUAUAGUGAUCUCCCAGAGGUCAAUGGGCCAUAA